AUGAAGCCGUUUACCACCAUCCCCUUGUGGGGCCAGGCGGCCGCGCGGGCAGGGCAAGGGGCCAGGCCAGUCCCCCCACCCAGGGCUGAGUCAGGCCCGGGCGGGGGCAGGAAGCGGCCCCCUCCCCCGCCCCGGCCGCAGCGCGCGGCCCCCGCUCCGGCCCGCGGGCCCCCACCGCGCAGCCCGCGCGGGGGGCUCCUACCUCCUUCCCGGGGCAGCGGCGAGGGGGCCCGGCCCCGGCGGCGGCGGUGGCGGCGGCUGCGGCUGGGCUGGCUCCCUCCGAGGGGCCGGGAGGCGGCAGUGAGCCUGGCCCCGCGCCACCCCCCGCCGCCGGCGGCCAAUCCCCACCCGGGCUGGGGGGAGGGCGAUGCAAAUUACCCCGGAUCUGGGUCCGCCCGCCCGCCUCCCCCACGCCCGGGCCCAGUCUGCACUAGGCCGCUCAUCCCCGGACUCCCCUGCACCGCGCGGCCGCCUGGGCCGCCGCCCUCCCCAGGGAGCGCGGGCCGGAAGCCGGGGACCGCCACCGGCCCCCGGCAAGGGGAGCCCGGCUCCAGGCCCCGCCUCCGGGCCGGCAGGCCCCGCCUCCGGGCCGCGCCGCGCGAUCAGCCCGCGCUCAUUGGCUCGCUAGCCCGCCACUCACCGCCCCUCCUCCGCACCGCCCCUACCCGCGGGCCGCGGCGGGACGGCGGCGCGGCGCACCCUGGGACUUGUAGUCCGAGCAGCCUGCCACCUGCCAGCUGCAACCCCCUCCCCCCCAUCCCCCAUGGAGCUCAAUCCUGGCCAACUCCAACGUAUGCACGCAGCACCGAAUAG